AUGGCAUCGACGAUAUUUUCUGGUAACGCCAACCGUGGCCUCCAAGCCGGAACAAUUAACGGUCCGGUCAAUGCUGAGUUUUAUCACUAUGCCCCUCUUCCUCCUGGCAUCGUUGAAUCUUCCAAUACUGUACAAGCUGUCCUUUCAGUAGCAACAGGUAUAAGUAUGGCCCAAACUAUUGUGGCUCGAAAGAAAGCUAAAUUUAGGGACGGGGUUUUCCGGCGCUGGGCCCUUUUUGACUUCGCCUCAUCGGAAUUUCUUACAUAG